AUGGACCAAGUGACGAACGAAUUCGGGAAGAUCAACUUCCAUCAUCCAUAUACCCCGUACGAUGUACAAGAUGAGUUCAUGAAUGUCGCAUAUGAAGUUCUACAGCGAGGAGAAGGACAAGUAGGCAUCCUCGAGAGCCCAACCGGCACUGGGAAAUCUUUAUCUCUAAUCUGCGCAGCUCUCACAUGGCUACGAAAUCACAAAAGGUCCAAAUUUGAGAACUCUGUUACUAAAGCAGCUGAUGAGUUCAAGGAUGAGCCAGAAUGGAUUGUCAGUCAGAUGCUAAAGCGGAAGCGAGAGGAGAUACUGAAACAAUGGGAGGAAAGGGAGGCACGUCUAAAGAAGAUACGAGCUAAGGAAAAAAUCAUGGAAGAGAGAGGGACUAAACGAAGGAAACUUGACGAUGGCGGGGCUAGGAGAAGCGACAGGACAGCUGAUGACGACGACGAGUGGCUGCUAGACGGUGGUCAGGAUGAUGAUACAUCGCAGAGUGACGAUAAUCCAUCCGGCCUCAGUAAGGAGACGAGAAGUCUAAUGGAAAAACUUGGACUUGGAGGUCUCAAAGCAAAUGAAGGAGAAAAUGAAGAAGAAGGCGACAACGAGGUCAAGAUAUAUUACACAUCGCGAACACAUUCGCAAUUAACGCAAUUCAUCUCAGAGUUACGGCGACCUGCUUUCCCAAGCUCUUUGCCAGAUUCACUUCUCAGUGGGAACGAAGACACGGGACCCGAGGGUAUCAAACACCUCCCACUGUCUUCUCGUCAGCGGCUCUGCAUUAAUCCGUCAGUUUCUCGUCUCGGUUCUCUUCCCGCAAUCAAUGAUCGCUGUACCGAGCUUCAAAAGCCGAAAUCCAAGGACAAAUGUCAGUUCGUGCCAAACGCAGAUAAUCUGAGUUCAACCCAUCAGUUCCGGGACAACACACUUGCAACGGUACCCGAUAUUGAAGAUUUAUUUGAGCUUGGGAAGAAGCUCCAGGUCUGUCCGUACUACGCAUCGAGAACUGCUGUGGCUGGCGCGGAAAUCAUUACUUUACCUUACCCAUUGCUUUUACAAAAGACUGCCAGGGACGCUCUUGGUAUUAAACUAGAGGGAAAUGUGGUUAUCGUUGAUGAAGCCCACAACAUCAUGGAUGCAGUAGCAAAUGUUUAUGCUUCUGAAGUGAGCCUCGGCGAGCUCAAGCAAGCUAGGCAGAUGCUUGGUGUGUACGUGAAAAAGUUUGGGAAGAAGCUAAAAGGAGAGAAUCGAGUUAUGGUUGCCCAAGUUGCUAGGGUGGUAGAUGGACUAAAGGAAUGGUUAGAGGGUACACUCGAAUUAAAGAGUGAACAAGGGAUUGUAGAACCCAACAUCCUCUUGAGGGCUAAGGGUAUCGAUCAGAUCAAUAUGUACAAACUCAUCGAGUACAUUCAAAACUCCAAGUUGGCGUACAAAAUUGAAGGCUAUGCUGCGCAAGCUGAGACCCAAGGCAACGAGAAUGGCUCGUUUACGUCGCGAUCAACCCCAGUCCUCCACACACUCCUUUCCUUUCUCGUUUCUCUGAAUAACUUGAGUUCCGAGGGGCGUAUCUUUUACCACAAGGUCUCUCAAAAUGACAUCAAGCUUUCUUACCUCCUUCUUUCACCUACUCAUGCAUUCUCAUCUAUCGCAUCUAGUGCGCGAGCAGUGAUCCUUGCCGGCGGCACUAUGUCUCCGUUUGAGGACUACACAGCGCACCUCUUCCCAGAUAUGGCCGAGAGCAAGAUCACAACUCUGAGCUGUGGUCACGUCAUUCCUGCCUCCAGUCUUUGCGUUUGGACAUUGGCCUCUUCCGGGCCAAAAGGGAACACGAGAAGUAUAGAUUUUGAGUUUAGCUUCCAGAAGCGUCGCGACAAGUCGAUGGUUCGCGAUCUAGGUCUCGCCAUCCUUAACAUAUGUACCGCCGUUCCAGACGGCGUUGUUGUAUUUUUCCCUAGCUACGGAUACCUCGACGAAGUCGUAGCAGCAUGGACUGAAGCGAGCCCCGGCCAGGCCAAUUCGCUGUGGGAUAGACUACAGACCAAGAAGGCCGUCUUCCGCGAGUCUAAAGGCGGAUCAAGCGACGAGGUUCUGGAGAAAUAUACCGAGGCCAUUCUCGGCGACGAGAACAAAACGGGCAGUAAUCCGUCUGGCCCGAAGCCAGGGCUGACAGGCGGCCUACUACUAAGCGUAGUGGGUGGGAAGAUGAGCGAAGGGAUCAACUUCUCCGAUCGCCUUGGCCGUUGCGUUGUUGUCGUCGGGCUGCCUUACCCGAACAUAAACUCUCCCGACUGGAAGGCUCGGAUCGAAUACAUUGAAUCGACGACGGUGGAACGGCUAACGAAAGCUACACCCGCAGCUACCGAUUCUACUAACCCUACGACUUCUGCUUCCAUGGCUCCCAAAACAUCGUCGCUAAGCGAGACAGAGGCGAAAGCCAAGGCCAAGCAAGUGGCGCGCGAAUUCUACGAAAAUGCAUGCAUGCGCGCCGUCAACCAGAGCAUUGGUCGAGCGAUCCGGCACCGUGGUGAUUACGCGGCUAUCGUGCUCAUAGACAGGCGGUUUGCAACUGCGCGCAUUAGAUCAAAGCUGCCUGGCUGGAUUCGUGGGGGCUUGGUCGAGGGUAGUGAGGAUAAGGGGCUAGGGCAAAUGAUGGGGAAGCUUAAUGGAUUCUUUAGGGAGAAGAAAGCUGGGACUGGUGUUUGA